AUGGCCGAAGUACAGCUCUCUCAGAAGCUCUUGCCAGAUCCAAUGAUACUGGCUGCUGCAAAAGCGCGAAAACUACCAGAGUAUGCUAGGCCAGCCCGUGACCGUGCACGGCAGAGCCUCCGUCAGGGAACGGACUCUGGUUCCCAAGUCCAACUUCCUGGCCCCUUCGCAGAAGACGACAAUGUUCUCGCCUUUCCCCCUCUCCCAGCGAUUGAUUUUAAGGGUCUGCAUGAGGUCGAAGAUGUCGAUAUGCUUGAUGUCUUGGCCGGUCCCGACACAAACCACGUAACGAUGUCUCCUCAAGAAGACACUGGUUUGGAUCAAGCGGAGAUUGAGGAAUUUGAGGGUGUCCAAAGAUGGUUCGAUUCGAUAGCAAACCCGACCUUGGAGCAUAGAGUGCUUUACGGAGCUGCCAAGAGGAAGCUAGACAUCCACAAAAAGACAUAUGAGAGCCGCAAAGCCUUGCAAGAGAAAGAGCAACUGGAGCAAGCUGCACAGAGCGAGCCGGGCAUGGUUCAAAAGGUGGACAAUGAGCUUUUUGUUCACCACGAUUCAGCGUAUCAAGAUCCAGUCUAUAAGCUCUUAGAACUUGACGAGCAACCUACAGAAAACAACGUCAAAUCGACUAUGCCGGCCCCGACACCACCUCGAAUUAACAAGAAAAAGCUCCGCCAUCGGAUCUCUGCGGCAGAAAAGAGGAAGAGUAUGGAAGUUGGGUUUGAACCGAUUCAUGAAAGGCUACAGGGAAAGAAUAAGCGCAAAAAAGGUCCCCGAAAACCCAAAAAUACCAGCUCAGGUUGGGAAGAUGACACUGGCAUCAAAAACAAGGGGAAUAAGGGCACAAACGGUAAUCCGAUGAUGCCACUGGAUCUGGGGACGAACGUGGUAGAAGAGGCACAUGCCAGCUCGGCGCUACCCGCCCCUGCAGCCUUCAAUGCGACUAACAGAAAGGACGCCAUGGCCCAGCUUAUUUCCAGUAUUCCUUGCAAAGACAGAGAGGAGGCGAUUGAUGAUAAAAUGCGGCUACAGAACGCACUCAGGAAGUUUACGAAGCCCGUCAGACCUGACCCCGAAGGCGGCUGGAGGAUUAAGGGUCUGAAAACGAGCUUGUAUAAUUACCAGGUCAGGUCUUGGGAUGCGCUUUUAUGGUUGCGUGAGCGGGAGAAUUCGCCCGAGGAUCCAAGAGGCGGUAUUCUAGCAGAUGUCAUGGGAAUUGGUAAAACUUUGGAAGCACUAGUCAAUAUCCUGGACGGCCAUUCCUCGGACCAAGAGGAUCCUACUCUAACCACGUUACUUAUCGUACCGUCACAUCUGACCAAACACUGGAUGGAUCAAAUGCGCAAACACUGCGAGAAGGGUUCAAUCGGCAGAGUAGUUGAGUAUCAUUCGAGGUCUCGGCUGUCAACACUCGAUGACGCCGAAGACUUGGGGAGCUAUUCAAUCAUAGUAACUACAUACGAGGAAAUCCGAGCAUCAUACCCGACAUUCAAGCCUCCUAAGGAGCUCAGUAAUGAGAAAACACUAAGAGAGCAAUGGUCCCAGAUUUACGAGGAGAACCGUGGUCCUCUACAUCGGAUCAAGUUCCACAGGAUAGUCCUCGACGAAGCACAUACAAUCAAGAACUGGAAGUCAAGCGUAUCCAUUGGGGUUCGUGGACUGGUUGGUCAACAUAAGUGGCUUUUAUCUGGAACUCCAGUAAUGAACUACAACGAAGAGUUUUACCCUCUUCUUUCCUUCCUUGACGUCCCUGGAAUAAAGAACCAUGCCGAGUUUAUAUCGUACUAUCGAGACGACAAUCUCGGGAAUGAGCGCCUAUCGAACUUACUCAGAGCCUACAUGUGCCGCCGCACACAUGCUAGCCGACUCUUUGCAUUACCGAUAAUCAGGCUUCCCGAUAUAGAAGAAACUAAAAUUGACGUUGAGUUCUCAGAGGCCGAGUGGGUUAUUUACCAGGCCAUUGAGAAAGGUUUCUUCGAAAGUAUCAAUGAUCUAGGAAGCGACCCGCAUUUCAAGGCUGCUCAAUGUAGAUGCUGCCUGACUAUGAUUCUCCGACUACGCAUGUUCUGCAGUCAUCCGCUUACGGUGCAACAUCUGCUCAAACACCUCCUGGGCUCGGACGAUUCUCUGAUGGGAGAACUUAGCAAGAUUCCACAAAAUGGGAAUACCGGAAAUACAGACCCAUCGACACAGAUAUAUGCCUGGCUUGUUGCAGCCAAAAACGACUACAAGAAUCUAGUGCAGCAGCGUAAAGAAGAGCAGCUGGACCAGAUAGGCAACAACCACAUGUUCACAAACAAUCCGGCUCUCGUCCGCAGAUUUCACGAACUUAUGAAAAGACUCUCCCAGGAAAAUGAUUGUAUUGAGAGAUAUGACAGGACCGUUUGCCCAAAUUGCGAUCUCUUUUCGGACAAGACAGUGGUUACGUCGUGUCUACACCUAUACUGCGAGGAGUGCUUUAUUGAGCUCCAAAUAGCAGCUGACAAUGCCAGAACGGUCCCAGGAAGCAUCAAGAAGUCGAAACCAAGAUGCCAAAAAUGUACAAACUUUAUUGAAGAAGCCACUCGCUGUGGUUUGCCUGAAGAGGUAGUACUGGAGAAGCAAACAACUCCUGAGGCCCGAAGGCAGAUGAUAGUGGAUCUGAUUAGCGGGAAAGGCAGACCCAGAAAAAAUGGCAAUCCCGAGGCUGAUGACGAAGAUAAGGAUUGGAUUCGUGCUUGUGGCGCUAGGAUGCCCGGGGCAAAGCUGAAUAAAAUCCGAGAAAUCAUAAAAGGUUGGAAAAGGACGGCCAAAGACACCAAAGUGGUCAUAUUUAGCCAGUUCACGGAUUUUAUCCGAAUAUUGGCCGAUAUGUGUCAUGAGGAGCGCUGGGGGUUCCGAUGCUUAUCUGGCAAGAUGAGAAUCCCAGCUCGGCAUAACAGUCUGCACGACUUCGAAAAGAACCCAGAAAUCACCAUCCUAAUUGUCAGCCUCCAUACCGGAGGUACUGGUCUAGACAUGACGGUAGCACACAAAUGCAUCCUUGUCGAUCUUUGGUGGAACGAGGCCAUUCAGAACCAGGCAUUCUGCCGUCUACUUCGACACGGACAGACCAAGAACGUGGAGUGCGUGAAGAUGAUCGUCAAGGGUUCGAUCGACGAGUAUAUGCUGGAUCUACAAACGAGGAAAACAGAAGACAUAAAAAGCACAAUGGGCGAUGACAUCUUGAAGAAAAGAGACACCGUGAUCACCCUCCUCAAGUUGUUUGCGGAUGUGGACGAAGAUGGAUCGGGCCGACUUUUUGUGAGGCCAAAAGCCGGGAGAAACAGACAGGGAAAGUUGAAGGAGGCCCUAUCGUUGGGGAAAGCUCAUAACACGGCGAAGCAACAAGUUUCGAGAUCAUUUGGGAAUAUGAUUUGA